GACGUGCUCGAGGUGUGCGACGACUACGACCGCGAGCGCAACGAGUACUUCUUCGACCGGCACUCGGAGGCCUUCGGCUUCAUCCUGCUCUACGUGCGCGGCCACGGCAAGCUGCGCUUCGCGCCGCGGAUGUGCGAACUCUCCUUCUACAACGAGAUGAUCUACUGGGGCCUGGAGGGCGCGCACCUCGAGUACUGCUGCCAGCGCCGCCUGGACGACCGCAUGUCCGACACCUACACCUUCUACUCCGCCGACGAGCCGGGCCGCGAGGAGCCGCGAGCCGGCGGCGCCGAGGCGGCCCCGUCCAGGCGCUGGCUGGAGCGCAUGCGGCUGACCUUCGAGGAGCCCACGUCGUCGCUGGCCGCCCAGAUCCUGGCCAGCGUGUCGGUCGUGUUCGUGAUCGUGUCCAUGGUGGUGCUGUGCGCCAGCACACUGCCCGAUUGGCGCGCCGCCGCGGCCGACAACCGCAGCCUGGAUGACCGGAGCAGGAUAAUUGAAGCUAUCUGCAUAGGUUGGUUCACGGCAGAGUGCAUCGUGAGGUUCAUCAUCUCCAAAAACAAGUGUGAGUUUGUCAAGAGACCCCUGAACAUCAUUGACUUACUGGCAAUCACGCCGUAUUACAUCUCCGUGUUGAUGACAGUAUUUACAGGCGAGAACUCCCAGCUCCAGAGGGCCGGGGUCACCUUGAGGGUGCUUAGAAUGAUGAGGAUUUUUUGGGUGAUUAAGCUUGCCCGUCACUUCAUUGGUCUUCAGACACUUGGUUUGACUCUCAAACGAUGCUACCGAGAGAUGGUUAUGCUACUUGUCUUCAUUUGUGUUGCCAUGGCAAUCUUCAGUGCACUUUCUCAGCUUCUUGAACAUGGGUUGGACCUGGAAGCAUCCAACAAGGACUUCGCCAGCAUCCCUGCUGCCUGCUGGUGGGUGAUUAUCUCUAUGACUACAGUUGGCUAUGGAGAUAUGUAUCCUAUCACAAUGCCUGGAAGAAUUCUUGGAGGAGUUUGUGUUGUCAGUGGAAUUGUUCUGUUGGCAUUGCCUAUCACUUUCAUCUACCAUAGCUUUGUGCAGUGUUAUCAUGAGCUCAAAUUUAGAUCAGCUAGAUAUAGUAGGAGCCUCUCCACGGAGUUCCUAAAUUAAUGCAUUGCAAAUCAAGUCUUGCAUACACCUUGUUUGUUAGCAAGACUUACUGCUACUUCAUAUUCAUGUGUUUCUUGCUUGGUGAGCACUGCAGUGUGGUACUGUCAUCAUCUUGGUAGGGUAAGAAUUAUCCUUCCCAGCUGAAGGGAUAAAGCAAUUUACUUAUUAUGGAGUAAACAAGAUUGAGACUGCAAAGGAAAAGUAAUGAUUUCUAGAGUUAAUUUUAAUAUC